AUGGCCCCCAAAAAGCAUCCGUACCAUGCUGGGAAUUACGCUCCCAUUCGCACUACCUUGUCUUUCCAGCCUUGCUCAUACGAAGGUUCAAUCCCCCACGAGCUUCUGGGCGGGCAGUACGUGCGCAACGGAAGCAAUCCCCUUCAAGUCGACACAAGCCGGAACUUCCAUUGGUUCGAUGGCGAUGGCAUGCUCACCGGCGUGUUCUUCGAGCGGAUUGCGCAGACGGGCGUUCGACCUACCUUUGUCAAUCAGUACGUCCGCACCGAUGUGCACGAUGCCGUCGCACGAUACCCACGCCUGCACCAUAUCACACCCAGCGUUACCACGCUGAUAAGCCCGACAUCGACAGUGUUCCGUGUCAUGAUGGAGGUGGUGCGUGCCAUGGCUCUGAUAGUUGCGUCGCUUUGGGGGCUAGUCGCCCGGCCUAUCCGUAGAACAAGCACGGCCAACACAAACGUCUUGCAUCAUGAUGGGCGAGUGCUGGCCACGAACGAGACAGGCCCUCCUAUGCGUGUUUUACUGCCGUCACUGAGAACUGUCGGUUGGUUUACUGGCAGUCGGGCAGAAGGGGAGCCCACGGAUGAAAAAUCUCAGCCAUACUUCGGCGGACCAGGCGUGGAGGGGUUCUUCAAAGAAAUGACCACGGCUCAUCCUCACGUUGAUCCACGGACGGAUGAGAUGUUUCUUUACCACGCGACUUUUCUAGCUCCUUUUGUCACUUACUCGAUCAUACCCGCUGAGAGAUCUGCGAACCGGACCGUUCGUCUCAACCGGCCUGUUCCCGGGUUCCAGAGUGGGAAGAUCAUGCAUGACCUUGGCGUCUCGCGCAAACACACAGUCAUGAUAGACCUGCCCGUGUCGCUGGACCCGUUCAACCUUCGCCACAACCGACCCGUAGUCAAGUAUGAUCUGCACGGGCAGACACGUUUCGGGGUGUUUCUACGGUAUGAGCCUGAGAAGAUCGAAUGGUAUACAACCGGACCGUGCAUGAUCAUGCACACAGUCAACACCUGGGACGAGGAGACUUUCAAUGGGACGCAGGUCCAUUUGCUCUUGUGCCGGAUGAACGGCGUUGCCCCCCUAUACCACAUGGGAGACCUGGAAGCCCCCAAAGCGACCACCCCAGCAAGUCCCGAGUGUCGCCUAUACUAUUACCAGUUUCCUCCGGCGAAAGAAUUUCCGAAGCAGAUCACUCACCAAUGGGCGCUGUCCGCGAUUCCCUUUGAGUUUCCCCAUGUGCCGCAUCACCUCCAGAUGACGCAAACACGCUUUGUGUACGGAAAUUCCAUGCGGACAGGAGACUUUGCGAAAGCUUUCAUCAGCAAUUUUAAGGUUGAUUGUCUUGUGAAGAUCGAUGUGGCGGCUCUGCUUGCGCGAGGGCUCUUCGAUCCUCCGGCGCAGGUGGAUGGAUGCGUUGACAAGAGAUCUAUAUCUGAAGUCCUUGUGUCUGAUGAUAAGGAUGAUCCCAUCAAGGUAUUUGCAUUGCCGGAUGAGUGGUACGCUCAGGAGUGCUCAUUUAUCCCUCGCAAGGAUGGCAAGUCUGAAGACGAUGGGUGGCUCGUCACAUACGUAUUCGAUGAGUCCCAGCUCGACGAUGGCGGUGUGGCACCAGAAGAUUCACGGAGCGAGUUGUGGAUUAUCGAUGCCGUGGGGAUGAAGGAAGUCGUAGGUCGAGUGAUUUUACCGCAGCGUGUACCGUACGGGAUGCAUGGCAAUUGGUUUCCGGAGGAGCAGAUUCUGGGUCAACGAGAUAUCGAGCGUUUCCGUAAGUGA